CUGUCUACUAUUGCAUCCAAGGCGGGUUCAGCUCGCCUUGGAGUCUAGUAUGCUACCCUAACCAUACACUCUGGCACGUAUAUUGGCAUGGUACUGCUCUUCCAUCUUGUCCUUCUCUCUUCUUCUUUAACUAUUACUCUAUACACCAUUUACUGCUCCUUAUCGUUAUCGUUCAACAUUUCUUAUAGUGAAAUGGACCUGCUGGGCAUUCCUAUACACUUGAGCCCGUGCUUGCAUGGGAGCUUGACAGUUACUAGCAACAACUUGUCCAGGAAUCUUGAUUGUCCGAGUGCAGCUGGGUCUUAGUCAAGGCUCCCAAUAUAUUCCAAAGAAAAAACGCCGCCUUGGCGAUCAAGAGCUCUGGGGAGUUCGUCAUAUUGGUGUAGCAUCAGUCGGUCGGCAUGCCGGUCGUUGGGGCAUGCCAUUUAGUCAGGGCAGCGGUGUCUCAGGGUACGAACACGGACUCCAGAUCUGGCCGGGAAUGAAGAUGUAUAGGAUGCUCUGCGAAAUCUCCAAAGUUAUUGGGGGCCCGCCGCGACCAUGCCAUUCAGGAGAUAGGAUGCCAGGAGGCCGUGGGGAGUUCUUUUAGUGAUUGGCAAGGCGGAAGGUAGGCGAUGGUAUGGACAAAGACAUGCUUGCAAUGGUCAAAACAUGGACUUUGAUAUCCCGGUAGAGAGCACGGCCGCCAACAUCGAAUACGACAGAGCGUCGUCGACGGCGUGGUUGUUGUUGUUGUUGUAUUCUUUAACGUCUAGGGAGCGGCAGCGCCGCUUCGACCUCC